ACGCUGACACGCACACACACACACACUCUCUCUCUCUCUCUCCGUAUAGAUCCUUACGAAUCUAUAAGCCAUAUGCUUCUUCUUCUCUCCAGGUCAGUUUCAUGACUCACACAGUUUCUCACACCCAAUUUGCCGUUCAUUUUUUUUUCCUAUUCUUAAGCUUAAUUAUUAUCCUUUGAAAUUUGAAUGAGAAAAAUAUAAAAGGAAUAAUAUCAGUCUAUUGAAAAAUGCGUUGUCAUUUAUUUUGAUCAGCUGGGACACUCUAUCUCAAUGAUGAUGGGUUUAGCACAUUCGAAUAAAUAAAAGCGAAUAUGCUUUUAUUUUUGCUUGCUUGCCUUAACUGCUCUCUCUUCUUCUUGGCGGUUCGUUUUAACUAUUUGGGUUUUGUUAGUUGUGAGCCUUUCUUCUUUUUCACAGGGUCAUCUUUUAAAAAGUUAGAGAGAGACAGAGUCUGAACCAGGUUUAAUUAUUCUUUACUUAAUUAAUUACGUUUAGUUGUUGUAUUAUAAUCCACGAUCUUAGUCUCUUAUAUAUCUUUAAUCUUAAGUAUUAAUUACUUUUGAGCCUAAAGUUGUGAAAUUUUUGAGUUAUAAUCAAUUGGGUUUUCAAAAAUUUAUGAUUUUGUGAUCUGGGUACGUUGUAAUUUUGAAUCCUAGGAUACUUUAUUGAAUAAAGGUGGGUUCUUAAUUUUUUUUUUUUAAAGCCUCACAUAUUUUUGUGGGGGUGCAAUCAGAUAGAUUUGAAGUAUGAUUGGAUUUUGAGAUUUUGUUACUUGGGUUUGUUUGAGAAAUCCGGAGUAUUGAAAAGAUGUAUGCGGUGGGGAGGCUAGGUAGCUACAUAACCAAAGUGUCUGGCCCAUUUCAUCCAUUUGGUGGAGCUGUGGAUAUUAUUGUAGUUGAACAGCAAGAUGGGAGCUUUAAGUCCUCACCUUGGUAUAUCAGGUUUGGGAAAUUUCAAGGGGUUUUGAAGUCUAAGGAGAAGGUGGUCAACAUUGGUGUCAAUGGAGUGGAAGCUAAUUUCCACAUGUAUUUGGAUCAUAAAGGGGAGGCUUACUUUCUUAGGGAGGUAGAUGUAGAAGAAGGGGAAAUUGUGCCAUUCUCAUUGUCCUCUGGGGAUGAGAUAGAUGGGGAAUCCAAGACCAAGAUUGAUAGGCGGCCAUUGAAGUCCAAAAGUUACAAUUAUGAAAAUUCAGUUGAUAAGAUUGAUGUGAGGAAUGGGAAGGUUAUGACAAGGUCUGGUUCACGGCGGUCACGGAUGUUUGGGCUUGUUUUUGGACGGAGAUCAAUGAAGGAGGAAGAUGGGGAUGCUGGUGCGGCAAGGGCUGACUCAUUGAAGCGUGCUGAGAUUGCGGCUGACCUCUUGGAGGUGAGGUGGUCUACUAAUCUUGGUGGUAAUAAAUCGAGGAAAGAUAAAGCUGAGAAAGAUGUGCAGAUCAAUGAUGGAAAAGGUCAGGUGAACUCAUCUGUAGAUAAUAAUGUGGAAAAUGGUUUGGACCAAUGUGUGUUACAUGAAGAAACUGGUUCCCACAAUGAGCAAAAGGGGGACAUUUCUGUCUCCAGCUUUGAGAAUACACACAGUUUUGUUGAUGAAACUAGAAUGGAAGUGCCCUGCUUUGGCUCUCCAGAACAAGUUACUGAAAAUUCCCUGGCAGAUGAAAAUGUUUUGGAAGAGAAAUGUGAGACGGUCUCUAUGGUAUCAAGAAAGAUUGACGGGGAUAUCGAACUUGAUGAAAAUGCAAAAGUUCAAUAUUCGAUUCAGCUUGAAGAACACCCUGGAAAGCAUAUUGAUGAGGAACAGGUUUUAGGGGAUGUUUUAACAGGCUGUGGAAUUUCCCAGGAGGAGAGUGAAACAGAUAGGGCUCAAUCCUUUAUCUAUUGUGAAGCAUCAGAGAGAUUUAUAGUGGCAAUGAAUGGUACCAGUGAACAAACUUCUGAAACAAUGUACCUUGUUAGUGAAGAAGAUGGGGAAGUCCACAUUAAUGCUGAAAUGUUGCAUCCAACAACUGAACUAGCAUCUGAGGAUACAGUUACUCUUCAAGUUGCUGAAGAUGAUGAAUUGCAGACAGAAACAGUGGAGGUUCCUGAGAAUCAUUCUCAACAACUGAAUCCUUCUCAUUCUUGCAUACAUCAAUGCAAUGUGAUGGAUCUUGAAGAGUCACUGACAGUUCCAGAAACCUAUGCCCAAAUGGUCACCCCAGACCAAACACUUGACCCAGCUGACAAAGUUGAGUCACAGACCAUUUGCACCAUUUCUAGUUUUAGAAACUCAGGUCAUCAAGUUCAAGAUGAAGAAGAGAAGAAGGAUGAAGAAUUAACUAGCAAGUUCCAAUCUUCUUUGGAGUCUAUUGGUGACUGUCUCCCUCCAAAAUCAAUAAGUACAUUGUCAUCAGCGAGUUCAGAGGAAGGUCAGUUUCCUUUCAAUGACCUUGAAGAAUUUCAAAUCAGUGAGGUACAACACAUGGAGUCAAUAUCUCCAGAGAACGUAGAUAAAGAAAGCGCCUCAUUUAGUCCUGAUUCUCAUGAAAUCAUUGAAGAAGUGAAUGGGCAAGUCAAUGAAAACAAUGAGUCAUAUUCAUCUUCUGAAAAGUUUGUUCAAGAGAAUCCAUGGACUGAUCUUGAGAUAGAAAAAUCAAAGGUAACAUCAUGCCCCAUUAUAAUACCUAGAAGUCAUAAGGUUUCUGGUAUGGAAGUUGGGCGGCUGGUAGAAUCAUUGCCCAAUUUGUGGUCUCACACUGAAAAUCCAGAUGCACAUGAUGUUCAGUGUCCUCUCAAACACUCACUGGACUCGAGAUCCAUAUCCUUGAAUUCAAAGAUGCAGGGUAAAGAUGAUUCAAGCUGUAUAAGGUCAGACAAAGAUUCACAAUUGGCUGGGGAACAAUUAACUGCUGAGAACACCGAGAUUUCAGGGGAGCCUAUAAAUGUACUUGCCAUUCCUGCAGUUGGAGAUCCAUCAAAAUUCGGUGUAUCCCCUGGUGGAAGCUGGGGGAUUUGGUCCUCUUUUUUAAGGAGAUCAAGAUCCAGGAAUGGUAUGCAGCCAGCCACGAAUGAUGCCAGAGUUUCUGGUGCUGAGAAUGCUUCAGAGAGCACCACCUGGAGGGAUGGAGACAAAAAUGUGCUUAAACCAAAGAUGGUAAAAAGGAUGUUGAGGGCAAUCACUCCAACAUCUGAGCAACUGGCAUCCUUGAAUUUGAAGGAUGGGAAGAACACAGUAACCUUCACAUUCUCCACUGCAAUGCUGGGGAAACAGCAGGUUGAUGCCAGAAUAUAUUUGUGGAAAUGGAACACUCGUAUAGUCAUCUCAGAUGUGGAUGGGACAAUUACAAAAUCGGAUGUUCUGGGUCAGUUCAUGCCUUUGGUUGGAGUUGAUUGGUCACAAACAGGCGUUGCACAUUUAUAUUCAGCUAUUAAGGAAAAUGGGUAUCAAUUACUUUUUCUUAGUGCACGUGCAAUUUCACAGGCUUAUCACACUAGACAAUUUCUAUUCAACCUUAAGCAGGAUGGGAAGGCUUUACCGGAUGGGCCUGUUGUUAUUUCCCCUGAUGGACUUUUUCCUUCUUUAUAUCGAGAAGUUAUCAGGCGGGCUCCUCAUGAAUUCAAGAUCUCAUGCCUAGAGGAUAUCAAGGCUCUGUUUCCUUCUGAUUGCAAUCCAUUCUAUGCUGGUUUUGGAAACCGAGAUACUGAUGAGUUCAGCUAUGUUAAGGUUGGAAUCCCAAAAGGAAAAAUCUUCAUUAUUAAUCCCAAGGGUGAGGUUGCUGUUAACCGUCGUGUUGAUACCAGAUCAUAUAGCACACUUCAUGCUCUUGUGAAUGGCAUGUUUCCACCAAUGUCCUCGUCUGAGCAGGAGGAUUUUAAUUCAUGGAAUUACUGGAGAUUGCCACCUACUGUUAUUGAUAUUUGAAGACAUCAGUCACAGUUUUGCUUCACCUCUGAUGUGGAGAUGGAUUUGGUAUUACAAAUGGCAGUUCUGGAAUUAAUCUGGUUAUAUGUGGCCAAGGCUGAUGGCAAAAGCUCCACUUUGUUCAUACUUCACAGUUUUGCUUCACUGGCUGAUUUAUUGUCAAUCUGAAAGUUAUUUAAAAAAAAAAAAAAAAAAAAAAAAUUCAAUUGAGGAGUUGGAUCUGGAACACCUUUAUUCUUCUUGGAAAAUUUCCACUCCCCCACUCCCACCCUCUUUUUGGUCUUUUGGUGAGGAGAGAGAGAGAGAGAGAGAGAGAGAGAGGAGUGGGGUUGUAUAUUUUGUUCAUGUCAUUUACUAUCAUUCCAAUAUGUAAUUAUAUAUUGAAAUACCAUUAGUUAGGCAUAUUUGAAACUCUAGUGUAAAAAUUCUCUUCAAAUGCAAAUCAUUUCUCACAAUCA